AAGGUGGGGAUAUUUAUUCUAUGGGAAUUGGCAGAUGUUCUAAAGUCAGGGCUUAUGUUUCCCUCAAAUUUUGGCCAUAAACUUGCUCUGCUAUUUGAUUUACCUGUUGGAGGGAUGUAUCUGAUAUUGUGAGUGAAUUCUAAUUCCUCCUGAAUCCUGUUAUGGCCCCUUUGUCACAUGGCUCCCUUUAUCCCUAGUGCCUCUCUAGCUCCAGAGGAUGUGUUAGGUGGGAUCCUGGGGAAGGUGGAGUGGGAAGGGAUGAGGGACCAGGGUAGUAAUGCUUGCUUUCCACAGAUGUGGGGAUAGUGGGAUGUUUCCCUGCUUGAGGAAGAGGGCUAAAUGACAUAUCUUUCUAGGUCCUUGGCCAUGGCACGUGUGGUGAACCCCAGGAAGGACUAUGUGGACCUAGACGUAUACCAAAGUUCGUACAUGGUCGACUAUAAGCCCUUUGGGAAGAACAAAUACUCCAGAGUCACGCCUCAAGAGCAGGUGAAACUCAACAUCCAGCUACAAGACAAAGAGUUUUAUAGGCCCGUGCCCAACUCCAACCCCAAGCUGGAGGAUGGGUACCCUGCCUUCAAAAGACCCUACAUGACUGCAAAGGACCUGGGAGUCCCUGGCUUCUUCCCAUCACAGAACCUCAUAGCCCCAGUGAAUGAUGAGUGCAGGUUCACCAGCACCUGCCAUUACGCAUACCCAGCUUCACCUGCUCUGUACCUGGCCCAGUAUGACCCGUACUGGCUUCAUCAGAGGACUGAUUUCCCAUGCUUCAUGGAGCUUGAGUGGCAGCCUGCUCCAGAGGUGGGUAGAGGCUACCUUCUACUGCCUGGCCGUCCCUGUCCUCAGUACCAGAAGGUCAAAGUCCCUAUCUUGAAUCGAUGGGGACCCUUGAUGCCACUUUACCAAUAGGAAGAGUGACAAACACCUGCUGUUGCAGUGGUGUGAGGAAAUUCCACGCCACUGCUCACAGACAGGGAACUGAAAAUAAACCUGGAAAGAUGUCCCUUUGACAUCAGGGUACUUGUUCUAUAAUUCCCAGCCUGCCCCGGGGCACAGCAUCACAGUUGCAGAAGUGAUGGAGGGGAAAAGGAGGCUGAAUCAGUGUGUGUGUGUGUACAGAACUGGAAUUGGUGGCAUUUUAUUUUGCACACAUUUUGGAGUGUGUGUAUGGAGUAUGUAUAUAUGUGUACACAUAGGAUAUAUGUGUAUGUGUAUAUGUAUGAGUGGUGGUACCUGCAUGCCAUGUUACAUAUGUGGAGGUCAGAGGACAACCUCAGGUGUCAGUCCUUACUUCCCACUUUGUUUGAGACAGGGUCUCCUCUAUUGCUUGCCCCAGCAUACCCCAGACUAGGGGACACACACGUCUAGGCAUGCUCCUGUCUCUGCCUCCAACCCCACUAUAGGAGUCCUGGGGUUACAGAUAUGCUACUGUACCCAGCAUUACAUGGAUUCCAGGGUUUCGAACUCAGGUUACACAGCAAGCUUUUUAUGCACUGAACCAUCUCCCUAGCUUGUC